UCCGUUCUCCAGUGUUUGCUACCUCCAAGAGUACGAAUCACGAGCCUAGUGGUAGUCUCGCGAGCGAACUCACAAAGCUAACAUCUGCUAACAUCCGCGGGUGAGCGGGCAUAGUGUCGUACAAAGCGGUUUUAUUGUUUAUUUAAUCGAAGAGUGUUAUCCAGUUAUUUUUAAUUCCUUUGUUAAAUCACGGAUCCAUCACUCAAGGUUCACUCUUGACAUUGUCAGCUGACACAUUAAUAUCCUCGAAAAUGGAUGACUGCUUCUAAUCAAAUUCUUUGGGCUUAUAUCAGCAACACGUCAUUUCGGAAGUGGACUUCUGUCUUAUAUUUAAAUUGUGAUUUCGAUUCAGAAGGUGCCGACACCCCCGAGGAAGCAAAACCUCCUACAUGCUUUGAGGAGGAUCAAACGGACCAGAAAAAGGGAAGUAACCGAGGGCGGCUGUCACUUCUUCAGCUGCAACUCAAAAAGAUGGGUUGCUGCGGUUGUGGAGAUGACAAGGUAGAACCUUCGUCUCCUGAUGAUGAAGAAACUUGUUCGGAUGAUAUCAAUCAAGUUUUUAAAACCGAUCGAUCUUGUACGGACAUAUUGGCACUGAUUCUUUUGAUUGUUCUUCUAGGCGCUUUCGGAUUUUGUAUGAGCACAGCUGCAAAGAAAGGAGACAUCUACAGAGUGAUCAAUGGUUACGAUGAUUGUGCCAAUACUUGCGGGAGAAUCACUCCUAAAGAAUCGGAUCCUCAAUUUAGGUGCAAGGGUGCAAAUAUGACAGAUAAAAAAUACCUUCUUGUAAACGUUGGAGCAGAUGGAGUGAAAUCACGGACAUGUACGAAAAACUGUAGUGUCUCUGCAGAUUAUAUUACUUUUUUAAAUCGGUGUAUUCCUAAAAAAGUGACUGACACCGCAGGAUCACUAAUUAAAUCUCUCGGAUUGCAGGACUUUUUUCAUGAAGCGGCAAGAGAUCUCUCACAAGCGUGGCGUGAAAUCAUUUAUCUUCUAUUAAUCGCCUUGGCGAUAUCCCUGGUCAUUUUAAUCGCUUUCCGAUAUAUCGUCCAGUAUGUUAUCUACCUCGUCCUUACUGGCGCUGUCGUAGUGUGUAUUAGUGGAACUACGUAUCUAUGGAUAUUGUGGUACCAAGAAAGAAAGCUAGUUGCGAACAAUAAAAUACAUGAAGAUGACGCGAGUAUUACGGACUAUCUUAUCUACGCGAUAAUAAUGACGAUCGUAACAGUCAUCACCGUCCUCGUUGUUCUCGUAAUGCGAAAAAGAAUUGCUCUGGUUGUCCAGCUGUUCAGGGAGGCUGGAAAGGCCGUUUAUGCGAUGCCUGUUUUACUUUUCCAACCAGUUUACACGUACCUGCUGGUUAUACUGACCGUUUUAGCUUGGGUGUACUGCAUGUUGUUGAUAGAAAGUGCCGGCGAUCUUUACAACAAUACCAGAAAAAAUCACCUGCAUUACAAAAAGGAUACAAUAAUUAAAAUCGCCAGGUGGUACAACUUAUUCCUCUUCUUUGUGAUGUGUGAAUUUUAUUUGGGAUGUCAGCACAUGGUUGUCGCUGGUUCAGUAGCACGUUGGUUUUUCACUAGGGAUAAAUCGCAAUUAUCUUUGGCUGUAACACGAAGUGCUGGUACUUUGGUUCGAUUUCAUCUUGGAACAGUUUCAUUUGGGGCAAUGAUAAUUGGUGUUGUCAGAUUUCUUAGAGCAGUGUUAGCCAAUGUUCAUAAGCGACUUAAAAAGUACGAUAAUGAUUGUGUAAGAGGUAUUUUAUGGUGUUGCCACUGCUGCCUUUGGUGUUUCGAAUGUGCCCUCAAAUUCCUCACCAGAAACGCCUACAUUGAAACAGCUAUUUAUGGAUGUAAUUUCUGUACUGGUGGAAAAAAAGCCUUUCAAGCAUUAUCAAAUAACAUUCUUAGAGUGGCUGCUAUAAAUAGCGUAGGAGAUUUCGUUCUCUUCUUAGGGAAAGUUCUCGUCGUGGCCCUUACAGUCGUUUCCGGUGUCUGCUUAAUAGAGAAAAAGCAGGGCCUUCAGCAUCCAUGGGUUCCGAUUUUAGUGGCAGCAAUUUUUGCAUUCCUGGUGGCCCACGUUUUCAUCUCAAUUUACGAGAUGGUGAUUGAUACUAUUUUCAUCUGCUUCUGUGAAGACUGUGCAAAGAACGACGGUAUAAGUCGCCCAUACUUCAUGAGCCGUGGCUUAAUGGAAUUCGUAGAGAACAGUAAAAAGGCGCUAAAGGUUUUAGAAGAACGGCAAGGAACUACCUCGUAAUUUAAAUAAAAGAUCACAAAUGAUUCCAUACCUCGAACAAACCAUAGAGGAGAUUUAGAUGACCAGUAUUUUUUUAAGAAUAGUUU